AUUGCAAGUGAUCUUGUGCUCAGCUUCUCUCUGGGACAAAACGUUGAACAGUUGGAAGCAACAACAAUGGCCGACGACGGUGUCGUUGCAGUCUACAGCAACAACGCCAUCACCGAUGCCACCAAGAAGAACCAAAACCCAUUCUCCAUCAAAGUCGGAAUGGCCCAAAUUCUCAGAGGAGGAGCAGUUUUCGAAGUCACCACUGCAGAACAAGCCAAGAUCGCAGAGGAAGCAGGCGCGUCUGCCAUCGUCGUCUUAGAGCCACCACCUUUUCAAGGAGCUGUUUCCCGUAUGGCUGAUUCAUCUGUUAUUAAAGAAAUCAAGAGGGCUGUCUCAAUUCCUGUAAUGGCAAAAGCCCGUGUCGGCCAUUUCGUAGAAGCUCAAAUCCUGGAAACCACUGGGGUCGACUAUAUUGAUGAGAGCGAAGUACUCACCCCUGCUGAUGAGGAUCACCACAUCAAUAAGCACAAUUUCAGGGUGCCCUUUGUCUGCGGAUGUCGUGGGCUUGGUUCGGCGUUGAUUAGAGUUAGGGAAGGAGCUGCAUUGAUCAGGAUUGAAGGGGAUGUAUCUGGAUCGGGAAACAUUGCUGAAACUGUUCGUAAUGUGAGAUCUGUGAUGGGUGAUAUGAGGGUCCUCACCAACAUGGACGAUGACGAAGUAUUCUCGUUUGCGAAGAAGAUCUCUGCUCCUUAUGAUCUGGUGGCCCAGACAAAGCAACUGGGUAGGCUCCCUGUUGUGCACUUUGCCGCUGGUGGCAUUGUCACUCCUGCCGAUGCCGCACUUAUGAUGCAGUUGGGAUGCGAUGGAGUAAUUGUAGGCUCUGAAAUUUUCAAUUCUCCCGAUCCUUACAAGCGUACUCGUGCUAUUGUUCAAGCUGUGAGACACUACAACGAUCCCCAAGUUUUGGUUGAGACUAGUUGUGAGUUGGCUGAUGCCAUGGCUGGACUUGAUCUUAGUGAGAACAGGGUCGAACAGUAUGGAACUGAAGGUAUUUACUAAUUGCCGUUCCAUGAUUACAUCUCAGUGUAUUUUUGUUUUUUCGUUUCUCCCCAAUCCCAGCAUUAGGCAAGUCAA